AACACGAGAUUUCCCUAGCCAAUCACAACAGACUAAGGGGCGUUCUGAUACCUUGUAACAGCGCCGACUCGGCUCGCCUGUGCUAGUACGCAAGGUUUCAUUUUUUUUUCAACAAUCUUUAUUAAAAAUACAACGGGGCUGUAAUCCCUGUGCAUAUGCAUUUGAGAAUUUCAGUUUUCACCGUAUCUUUUAUCAAUGAAGAAACGAAUGCCUACAGGACCGGGUGGUGCUCCAGACCGGCUCACUAAACCCAGCUGUCUGAUUGUGCUUAGCGCGGCCGCUGGAGGUAUCUCUGCUCAGUCUUUUCUCCACUCAUUUAAUCUAGCAAGUUCAGCGUUCAAUCUACAAGUUGCAACUCCUGGGGGAAAACCUUUGGAUUUUGUUGGUAUCAGUGAAUCAGAUGCAAGAUGGAUCCAGGAUUUCCAACUCAAGCCGUAUGCAAAUCCUGCAAGACUAGAGUCAAUAGAUGGCUCUCGAUAUCAUGCACUUCUUAUCCCUCACUGCCCAGGGGCAUUGACAGAUUUAUCAAACAGUGGAUACCUGGCCAAGAUCCUGCAGCACUUUACAGCUGAGAAGAAACCCAUCUGUGCAGUUGGGCAUGGAGUUUCUGCUCUUUGUUGUGCCACAAAAGAGGACAGAACAUGGGUGUUUCAAGAUUACAGCCUAACUGGGCCCUCAGUAUUUGAGCUAGUCCGUCAGCCAGAAUAUGCCAGCUUGCCAUUAAUUUUGGAGGAUUUUGCAAAAGAUUCUGGGGCAACAUUUAGUGCCAGCGAGCCCGAUGCUGUUCACGUGGUACUUGACAGGCAUCUAGUUACAGGACAGAAUGAGAACUCUACAAUGGCAGCUGUUCAGAACCUCAUCCUGCUCUGCAAUGGAAGGAAAUAAGGUUGGUCUUCUGGAAAACACAAACCUUUGUAAUAUUAUGCUAAAAGGCCCACAGAGGAAGGGUAAUGGAGAAAAGCUUAAUUAUCCAAGGCAGACAGCAAGAACAUUCUGUCCUCUCAUCCAUUCCACUUCAGCAGCACACACCAUCCUUUAGUUCUCGCAUCCAGUGGAAGCUGCGUGCGGCGAAGGAGAGUUUCCUGAAGAUUAGAAUUAGCCGGGACUUUUUCUGAAGAAAACCAUACUUAAAGGGACACACUACCCAAUUUUUUUCUUUUGUAAUUCAGAUAGAUCAGGCAAUUUUAAGCAACUUUCUAAUUUACUCCUAUUAUCAAUUUUUCUUCAUUCUCUUGCUAUCAUUAUUUGAAAAAGAAGGUAUCUAAGCUUUUUUUUGUUUCAGUACUCUGGACAGCACUUUUUUAUUGGUGGAUGGAUUUAUCCACCAAUCAGCAAGGACAACCCAGGUUGUUCACCAAAAAUGGGCCGGCAUCUAAACUUACAUUCUUGCAUUUCAAAUAAAGAUACCAAGGGAAUGAAGAAAAUUUGAUAACAGGAGUAAAUUAGAAAGUUGCUUAAAAUUUCAUGCUCAAUCUGAAUCGCGAAAUAUUUUUUUUUGGGUACAGUGUCCCUUUAAAGGGACAUAAAACCUUAAAAAAAAAAAAAAAAAAUCAUGAUUCAGAUAGAACACACAAUUUUAAUCCGCUUUCAAAUUUACUUCUAUUAUCAUUUUUUUUAUAUACUUUGUUAAAACUGCUUCCAUAUAGUGUGCAUAUGUCUGCAACACUAUAUAGAAGCAGUUUUACAACAAUGUUAUACAUUAGCAAGAGCAAUAGAUGGCAGCACUAUUUCCUGUCAUAUAGUGCUGCAGACAUGUGCACGCUAUCUAUCUAGAUAUCUCUUCAACAAAGAAUAACAUGAAAACAAAGAACAUUUGAUAAUAGAAAUAAAUUAGAAAAAUUGUAUGCUCUAUCUGAAUCAUGUGAGGAAAUAUCUGGGUUAUCCACAGGAAAUUAUAGAGCAUGUUUAAAAACUUGUGGCUGAACAUUUCAUGUUGUAUAGGGAGCACAUGCUGAAAUAAAUGUUAACAAUAAUAUUGAUAUUGAUUUAUCAUGUAGAGUUGUUGUGUGUGUUAAAUAGUCUUGUUUAUCGUUGCAAAAAUGGACAAUGUAAAUGUAUUAAGAAAUUUCUUAAAUGAAAGAACAUAUUUGAUUAAAUUGAUACAAUCAGAUUCAAGUCAUUCCAAUUUUAAAACAAAUUGGCUGUAAAUACCUUUUUUACAUUGACACAUUUCUUGGAACUAUGGUGAUUGGUCAGAGGAUUCAGCAUUUCCUUUUUUACAGAACCUAUGGACAACUUCAUUUAUUUUUGUGAUGACAGAGCUAACAGAGUUAUACAUCGUAGUCUGAUUCUGUUAGCCCUGUAUAAGUCUUCCAUUUACUUUCUAAUAAAAAGGGAGAGGCACAUUUUUUUAUAUUGCCCACCUAAAUAUAGCUUAUUUUUUUUCAAUCUUCCUGCCACUCAUUUAAAAAAAAAAAAACUAAUUUGCAUUUUAUCUUUUCUUAAAGGGACAUAAUACUCCUAGGCUAAAUCACUUCAAAGUGAUGCAGCAGAACUGUAAAAAGCUGACAUGAAAAUAUCACCUGAACAUCUCUAUGUAAAAAGGGAAGAUGUUUUUACCUCGGGUAAGUGCUCUGUGAACAGGUGGAGGUUUUUCUAGUCAGCUUUGUAUAGCUAUGCUGCAUCACUUUCAAGUGCUUCAACAUUUGGGUAUCAUGUCCGUUUAACUUGUAUGUCAUAUCCGGUUUUGCCUGUACAUGGUUUUUAGUUUGUUCUGUAUUUGAUCAGUUUUAUGUAAGCUACACUUCAUGUAUAAUAGUUCUAAUCUAGUUAAAGCGUAUCACGUUCACAAUAUCUAAUUCUCCAUCUGAAGUAGGGAUACAGUGACAAAGACAUUUAGUUAUGUGAAAUCUUACCCUCCGUUAAUAUUAUGUUGAUCAUUUUCUUUAUGCUUUAAGCUUAUAUUUGUUUUGUCCUGUCUAUUUUUUAAAGUUACUGUAGCUCUUUUGUUUUAGCUAGACCACCGAUUGGAAAACAGUUCCGACCGUUAGCUCACAAAAAAUUUUAGUUUUGAAGUGGGCGUCUGGAUCUUGGGUAUUUGAAUUUCAUAUUUAUGUUAAAGGGCCAUAAUACCCAAAUGUUUAAACACUUGAAAGUGAUGCAGCAUAGCUGUAAAAAGCGGACUAGAAAAUAUCACCUGAACAUCUCUAUGUAAAAAAGAAAGAUAUUUUACCUCAAAAGUUCCUCAGUAGCCACAUCCCAUUGUAAAGGAUUUCUAAGCAGCAUAUUAGUAUGUCUGUCCUGGGACAGCUGAAAGGAUGAGCCUUGUGCACUCUCAUGUUAUUUCCCUAUUCAGUGUAAGGAAGUUUACAAUGAAAUCUCAUGAGUUAAGUCAAAUCUCAUGAGAUCACAGUAAAAGAGUUCAUGACCUCAGCACUGCUGAUGCGGAUUGGCUGCUGUUCAUUUCUUCAUUUUUUUUUUAUUUUUACCUGCAGCUGGGAGCAGCUGAGUAUAACUUUUUACACAGAACUUACUCUGCUGAGCUGAGGAAAUUGUGAGGUAAAAUAUCUUCCUUUUUUACAUAGAGAUUCUCAGGUGAUAUUUUCCUGUCAGCUUUUUACAGUUAAACUGCAUCAGUUUCAAGUGAUUUAGCCUAUGAGUAUUAUGUCCCUUUAAAAAGUUAUAGCGCAUCUUUAUUACUGAUGAAUUAAACUCCAUCUAAAAUAUCACUAACAUUCCGAUCUGUUUAUACAAAGGGGAAAGUUUACCAUCACUAUUAAGUAUUCUGACCAUGCAAUAUCCAUUUCAGACAUUGUUUUCUCUUCAUUACCGUUAUAUGUUAAAGGGCCAUUAUAGUCGAAAAAUGUCAUGAUCUAAUCCUGCAGUACUGUGUGUUUAACCCCUGCAAUGGUGUUAAACGCACAGUAGCAAAAUAACUUGGGACUCAUGGUGCACUGCUGGUCCCAAGUGGAACUUGCCACUGAUCCAAUCACUAGCACUAGUUGCACAUCUGAGUCGUGCGACUAGCGCUGCUAAUUGGAGCAGCCGCUAGUUCCAUUCGGGACCAGCAGUGCGCCGCGAGUCCCGAGCGGCAUUUCUACUUUGUGUUUAAUUCCAUUGGUAUGGUCAAGCACACAGUGCUGCAGAUCGAUAGUCUUAAAAUGACAUGCUCUAAUGGGUUACAGCAUGUAAUUUUUCAAUUAUAAUGGCCCUUUAAAAGGACAUUAAAUACCUUCUAAUUACAAAUUAUUUUGCAGUGUUUCAGUAGAAUAAUUCUAAUAGAAAAAUUCCAAUGGCACUACUCAUAUUGUUUACAGGAAUAUAUACACAUCUGUGAUGAUUAAUAAUUAUAUAUUUAUCAUCAGGUUUCAGGUGCUAUGUUUCAAGUGAAAAUAUUUACUAAACUUUUAUUUACUAAACUAGCGAUACUAGGUCCACUAAAAGGGAUACAUAUGUACAGCACUCUUAGUCCUAAAGUGUUAUACUUUUAAUAAAAUGUGUUCAACAUUGUCA